AUGGCACCACUCAUCCGAGUCGUCGGCUCCCUUAAUGCCGACAUGGUCUCCAUCACACCUCGAUUCCCUGAGCCAGGCGAAACAAUCACCUCCUCAUCCUACUUUACCAGCGCAGGCGGCAAAGGCGCAAACCAAGCCGUGGCAUGCGGACGCAUGUCACGGUCCAAACCAAUCGGCGCCACCAGCUCCCAAAGCGAUGUGCACGUGGAGAUGGUAGGUGCAGUCGGCGCACGAGACGGCCACUUCUCUACAUUACUGAAGCCGACUCUCGAGAGAUCAGGCGUCGAUCCGUCCCGAGUGAAGAUCGUGGAGAAUGCAUACACAGGUGUGGCGGUAAUUAUUGUCGACUCUUCUGCUGGGGGUGAGAAUCGCAUUGUCUUUUCGCCGGGUGCGAACUACGAUGGCAUGAAGCCUACACCUGAGGUGCUGGGCAUGGCUCUUGCCGCGCCUCUCCCGGAUGUCAUUCUCAUGCAGGGCGAGAUUCCGGUUGAUACUGUCAUUGGAAUACUGCGAGAAGUUGCAGCUUACAGGGCCAAGAGUCGUGCUGCUGGGAAGCGAGGCAUUGAAUGUGGUCCGGAUGUGAUGCUUAACCCGGCACCUGCUCCGCCCGGUGGCCUUCCGGACGAUGUAUAUGCUGCCGUUGACCAUUUGAUUCUGAAUGAGACAGAGGCUGAGCUUAUGACGCCACCUACAGAACAACUCCUUCGCACAGUGCCCGAUGCAGCAGGCUUGGAUGAUAAAGAGAAGGUUGCUCGAUACUUCCACAAGCUCGGCGUUACUUACAUUCUUAUUACACUAGGAGCGAAGGGUGUUUGGUACAGUGCUGCGGAAGGUGGAUCGUCUGGACCCAGUGAUGGGGUGCAGCGCUUUACAAAUGAGCUCCCAGCCGCCCCUGUCUCACGGGUCUUGGAUACCACUGCGGCAGGUGACACCUUCGUUGGGGCUUAUGCAGUUAAGCGGGAGCAGCGUCGCGCAGAGGGUAAAUCCGGAGAAGACGUCACAGACUCGGAGAAAUCCCAUCGUUACAAGACGGUUAUGGAUGAGGCAAUGCGCUUGGCUGCGCGUGCUUCAGCUCGGGCUGUGGAGCGUCAGGGAGCUAUGGAUAGCAUUCCUUUUGAGGAUGAGAUCUGA